AUGUCAAAUUAUACAAAUAUUCCUCAACAUAACUUUUUGAACAAAUAAUACUCUCGUCUAUCACCAAAUUCUACAGAAUGGGCUCGAAUUGAAUAUUUAUUGCAAUUAUCAUCUGGUUAUACUUCAGCAACAGUGAAAAAUAUUUGGACAAUCACAAAUCCUCACAUGACAUAAACCUUUGAAAAGGCAAGCAAAGUAGAUAAUUUUAUUUAAAAAAUUAGGGAUUAUUAACAUUAGAUUCUUGGCUAGAGAUUUCUUUGUUAGAUGAAAAUAAUAGAAUGGAAAAAGUUUGUACAAAAGGAUUUGAAUUUCCAUAGACUGGACUUCGUUUUCCAACAGGUCAUAUUAAACUAUCAGAUAACAUAUAACCUGGAAAGGUUUAUGAAUUAUUGUUAUUAAAGAUAGCAGGUAAUAAAUAUCGAUUAUAGUGUAUUAGUUGGUAAAUCAUAUUGUCUUCCAGAUAAAACAUCAAUGAAGGAUAAAUAUAAAUUGAUUUAAGGAUUUGAUAGCAUUUAUUUAUUUAAUGAAGAUGAAGAUUCAAUGACAGGGACAUUUAAACAUGACUAUGUAUUAUUUGAUAAUGGUAAAGUAUUGCCAUGUUAUGUUAUUCAAUUUGAGUUCGAUUAAAAAAAGGAAGAUAAUUUAAAUGUAAAUUAGUGGAUUUAGUUUAGUCUCCAUUUUGUGAUAUUUGUAAUGAUAAUACAGCAACAGUAUAUUGUAAAGCAGAUGAAAUGAAUUUAUGUUAUGAUUGUGAUGAAGAACAUCAUUUAAAAGGGGGUAAAUUAGUAUCAAAGCAUCAGAGAAUACCAAUAAAUGAAGUAAUAUUUAGAUAUAUAGAAUAAGAAACCAAAAACAUUUGGUAAUUGUUAAUAGCAUUCUGAUUAAAAGUUGGAAUUAUUUUGUACAAUAGAUAGAACACCACUUUGUUUAUAUUGUAAAAUAGGAGGAUCUCAUUCUUCAGGAGAGAGUGCAAAUCAUCCUUUGGUUAAGAUAUCAGAUGCAUAUAUGAAAUCUUUAGUUGAAUCGAAAGACAUUGAUCCAUUAAUAGAGAAACGAAAGAAUUAAUUGGCUGAAUACUUAUAAUAGAUUGAUUAUAGUAUAAAAGAAGUCAAUAAAAAUGCAUCUAUUAUUGAAGGCAGGAUUUAUUAAGUUUUAUAAGAUGCAUUGUUAUAAUUGCAGGAAGAAACAUAAAAGAAAAUGAGUUAUUUAGUGGGUGAUUAAUUAGAAUUGAAAAGAUAAUACGAUCAAAUAUAAUGGCUAGAAUCAUUUCUUAAAUAUUAAUAAGAAGUAUUAACUCCUGCUGAUUAUUUAAAUGCUUGGUCAAGACAUAUAGGACUUAGAAAUGAAAUACUAAAUAUUUCUAAUGUUCCUUAAUUAACAAUUGUAGAACCUGACUUAAGACUUGAAGGUAAAAUAAGUGUGGUUAGUGAUUCAGUUUAAUUUAAAGAUACAAAAGAAUAAUAAGAUGAACAAGAUUUCAUUGAUUAGUAACAAAUAUAUGAUAAUUGCAUUUUAGAAAUUCUUUAAUAGGCACUACUCGAUUUAGAUCAAAUAUAUUUGGAAAACAUCAAGUAAGUGACAAGAAUCAGAAAUUAAUGAAAACAUUAAUUUAAUAGAAUGUUUAAAAAGAUGGUUAAGGGUAUAAAAUAUAUAUUUAUAUCUAGACCUUAAUUAUUAUUACUAUAAUAAAAAUAGAAAUAAUAGUAAUAAGCACAGCCAUCAAGAGUGUUUUAAUAACUAUAAAAUGAUACUAUUUAAGAAAGUUAAAUAGAUUCUUAGAAUAGUUCAUUUGCAUAAUAAUGA